UCCGUCGUCAACGACAACACUCCAAAAACAGCACGCUCAGCUUCCACGUUCUUUUCGUCUCCUACUUACCAACCUCUGUCAACUUGCCCCUCUUGAUCGUAGCCGUUCGACUCGGCACGGAUCUAUGGCUGCCUCGGUGCCAGCUGCCGCAGCUGUUUACACCGCAUCGCUCAAUUCGAGCCGGGCCAUCGCGAGAAAUUCGGGUCCUAGCUCUCUGUUCUUCGGGAGGAGCUUGAAGAAACAGAGCUCUAAGAUCAACCACCCGAAAGUGUUGUUUAAGAGACUGAAGGCGGUCGUGGAGUACAAUGAGGAGAAACAGACAUCUAAGGACAGAUGGAGAGGGCUUGUGACCGACACCUCCGAUGACCAGCAAGACAUAACCAGAGGAAAGGGGAUGGUCGACGCUCUCUUUCAAGCGCCGAUGGGGACUGGUACUCACUAUGCCGUCAUGAGCUCGUACGACUACAUCAUCGCCGGUCUUCGACAGUUUGCAUUUGAUAACACCAUGGAUGGCUUCUACUUUGCUCCUGCAUUUAUGGACAAAGUUGUGGUUCACAUAACCAAGAACUUCUUGAAUCUUCCAAACAUCAAGGUUCCUCUCAUUUUGGGUGUUUGGGGUGGCAAAGGCCAGGGAAAAUCAUUCCAAUGCGAGCUCGUGUUCGCCAAAAUGGGAAUCAACCCCAUAAUGAUGAGCGCGGGAGAACUAGAAAGCGGGAACGCUGGUGAGCCUGCAAAGCUGAUCAGACAGAGGUAUCGGGAGGCGACCGACAUCAUCAGGAAAGGGAAGAUGUGCUGCCUCUUUAUCAACGAUCUCGACACAGGAGCGGGAAGGCUCGGUGGGACCACACAGUACACGGUGAACAACCAGAUGGUGAACGCGACCCUCGUGAACAUUGCCGACAAUCCCACCAACGUGCAACUUCCCGGCAUGUACAACAAGGAGGAGAAUCCCCGAGUUCCCAUCACAGUCACCGAGAACGACUUCUCCAUGCUGUACGCCCCUCUCAUUCGCGAUGGCCGGAUGGAGAAGUUUUACUGGGCGCCCACACAGGAAGACAGGAUCGGCGUUUGUACUGGGAUUUUCAGGACCGACAAUGUCCCAAAGGAAGAUAUAGUCAAGCUUGUCGACACAUUCCCUGGUCAAUCAAUUGGUAAGCUUCUUCUUAAUCUUAAAUUGACAUUCCUUAAUCCUACUCUUUUUAUCAUUGUGCAACAUAGCAAGCGAACUAACAUUCCUAGCUGAUUAACCUAUUUGUGAUGGCAAUCUUUGUUAUUGUUGGAAGAGAAUUCAUACUUUUGACAGUAGAUAUAUGGAGAAUGUAAAUUAGGAAGAUGGAACUAACAUCAGUGUCUGCUGUGCGGAUUUCUUUGGCGCACUCAGGGCAAGAGUGUAUGACGAUG